UAUUUUUCUUCUAAAAUUAAUUAGUCCAUCAAAAUUUUUAAAUAAAAUUUUUAUUUUAGCAAUUACUUUUAUAAUAUAUUUUUUUAAACUCAAUUAAAUAUAUAAAUUAUGAAUUAUGAUAUACAAAUGAAAAAAAAAAAAAAUUAUUUCAUCAAGCUCGCUGCUCUCAUCCACGGUCCACCUCGCCGUAGUGGUUGUCUCGACUCCAAGGGCCACCACAAUUUCUGUGUCCCUCUCCUCUCUAAUUCGCUUCAGAUCUGUAGCAACAAAAUGUACGGAUUCGAAGCGCUGACCUUCAACAUCCAUGGCGGUUACCUGGAAGCCAUCGUGCGAGGGUAUCGUUCGGGGCUUUUAACGGCCGCCGAUUACAACAAUCUCUGCCAGUGCGAGACCCUGGACGACAUCAAAAUGCACCUUUCUGCCACCGAAUACGGUCCUUACCUCCAAAACGAACCCUCUCCAUUGCAUACUACAACAAUUGUGGAGAAAUGCACUCUUAAACUGGUGGAUGAGUAUAAACACAUGUUAGCCCAAGCAACAGAGCCUUUGUCUACCUUUCUAGAGUAUAUUACAUAUGGUCACAUGAUCGACAAUGUCGUCCUUAUUGUAACUGGAACACUGCACGAGAGAGAUGUCCAGGAGUUGUUAGAGAAAUGUCAUCCUUUAGGGAUGUUUGACAGCAUUGCAACUCUAGCUGUUGCCCAGAAUAUGAGGGAGCUUUACAGACUGGUGCUUGUUGACACACCCUUGGCUCCAUACUUCUCCGAGUGCAUUACUUCAGAGGACCUUGAUGACAUGAACAUUGAAAUUAUGAGGAAUACUCUCUAUAAGGCGUACCUUGAGGAUUUCAACAGAUUUUGCCAGAAACUUGGUGGCGCUACUGCUGAAAUUAUGUCUGACCUCCUUGCCUUUGAGGCUGAUCGAAGGGCAGUUAAUAUCACAAUAAACAGCAUUGGCACCGAGCUUACUCGAGAUGAUCGCAGGAAAUUGUACUCUAAUUUUGGUCUACUAUAUCCUUAUGGUCAUGAAGAACUUGCUAUCUGUGAGGAUAUAGAUCAGGUUCGUGCUGCCAUGGAAAAGUAUCCUCCUUAUCAGACCAUAUUUUCUAAGUUGUCCUAUGGUGAGAGUCAGUUGCUCGACAAGGCCUUUUACGAAGAGGAAGUAAAACGCCUUUGCUUAGCUUUUGAGCAACAGUUUCACUAUGGUGUAUUCUUUGCGUAUAUGAGGUUGAGAGAGCAGGAGAUCCGGAACUUGAUGUGGAUAUCUGAAUGUGUCGCACAAAACCAGAAGUCCAGAGUGCACGAUAGUGUUGUUCCUAUAUUUUAAUGUUCUUAUCUGAAAAUUGUAUAAAAAAACAUUAGGAGCGCUGUUUCCAUGAACGUCGCCACUAUCAAUUCCCACCUUGAUUGUUUUUCUGUUUCUUGAUUUAUAUUUCACUGCUGAGAGUGUUGCCCAUUUUGUUCUGACUUCCAUUAAUAAGCGGGGUAUUUGUUUGCUUUCAGUAGUGCUGAAACAUCUGUGAACUUUGCCUGAUGUACAAUAAAACUGGUUAUAUUUAUUGCGUAUUAUAUUACGGAUUGACUAUUGUGUUGGUCAGGUUUUUGAUUAAAUUUAUUAUUAAAGUGACAAAGGUUUCAGUUUCAUGUUGAACUAGUUCAAGUGACAAAGGUUUUUACUUUUCAUGGG